UCCAAUCUACGUCCAACAAAUCGGCAUCCGGUCUUACAUUGUAAACUUCCUGUGUAGAAACGUCAGAAAAACAUGGGAAAAUGUACGAAAUUCUCAUCGAACAUCUGUCAAGUUACCAUCCUGUAUGACUUUUGGAAAAGAAAGUACUGUCCUGACAAAAUGUAUUUACCAUCUCUUCUGUUUGUGGUAUUUAUCGCCGGGGCUGUCGUGGCGUAUCUCUCAUUUACUGUUCCGUAUGGUCUUCUUUCGUUUUUCUCAACGAAGCGAAUAGAAAGUAAUUCCAAUGAACAGGGCCCACAUGAUACCUCACUUGUGUUUCGAGUCAGACAACAACAGAUGCCUGUUACGGAAGAUGUCCAGAGAGAAGCCGUAGCUGCUAUGAAUUUAGCUUUAGACAUGGAGGCCCAAGGAAAAUACGACAAGGCAAGAAAACUAUACCACCAUGCACUGAAACUGGACCCCAAUCAUGUAGAAAUAUUAACUGCAUUUGGCGAGUAUCUUGAAAAAUAUGAAAACGAUAUGCUGAGUGCUAAUCUUAUGUAUAGUAAAGCAUUAGCUCUGUGUCCCGAACAUACCAAAGCUUUGAUCAAUAGACAGCGCAUUUUACCAGUUGUGGAAGAAAUUGAUCAAAGGAGAUUCAAUAUAAUUGACAGAAAACUGAACUUAUUUGUAAAAAUUCCCCAAAAUAAUCCAGGUUUAAGAAGAGCAAAAAAGGAGGCAUAUUUCUCACAUAUUUAUCAUACAAAUGCAAUAGAAGGGAAUACGCUUACUUUGAUGCAAACAAGAGCAAUUGUGGAAACAAGAAUAGCUGUGGGAGGAAAGAGUUUAGCGGAACAAAAUGAAGUGUUGGGACUUGAUGCUGCGUUAAGUUAUGUAAACAAUACUCUACUUGGUCGUAUUGGAUCCAUUACUCUAAAGGACAUUCUGAACAUUCACAAAAGAGUCUUGGGGUAUGUGGACCCUACAGAAGCUGGUGUGCUGAGAGACACUCAGGUAUUUGUUGGAGAAUUCAAGCCUCCAGAGGCCGCAGAUCUUCCAAGUUUGAUGAGCGAUUUCAUAGAGUGGUUGAAUAAUGAAGACACUCUGAAACUACAUCCAGUAGAGUAUGCAGCUUUAGCUCACUAUAAACUUGUGGUCAUUCAUCCAUUUUAUGAUGGGAAUGGCAGGACGUCCAGAUUGUUAAUGAAUCUCAUUUUAAUGCAAGCAGGUUUUCCUCCAGUGACAAUAAAGGUGGAAGAUCGCCUAAAGUAUUAUGAGUCCCUAGAAAUGGGCAAUGCAGGAGAUAUAAGACCUUUCAUAAGAUUUAUCGCUGACUGUACAGAGCAAGCUCUUGAUCAUUUUCUACUGACAGCCUCUGGUUCUAGUGCUUUGUUCAAACAGAUUAAUGGUACUGAGAAAAAUGUCAUAACUUCAAAAGACGAGUUAUGAUAUUAGUUUUUAAUAGGUUCUUUUUUGUUAUUAUAUCUUUUUAUACAUUUUUGUUGUUAUAACAUACCGGUAUGGUGUUGUGCAUUCGAAUGAAAUAUUUGUUUUCCUUAUUUUUUUAUCACUUUAAGUUUUCCCCCCAACAGCCUGUUCUUCAAAGACUUGAUGUUAUUGCUUUAAAAAUCUGAACAAUUUUGAUUGGUAAAUUGUCAUAAUUAUGUUACUCUUUUAUUAAUUUAAAUUUUUAAUCAUAAUCAUAUAACAUAAACAUUGACUGUUUUUGUUUGCAUCCUACAUGAUGGUAAUGCUUAAUUUACAUAUAUCAUCUUUCUCAUACUGGUACAUACAAUUUAUUUAGUAGUUUCCAAGUUGAAGUAGUAGUUUUUUACUCUUUGAAGUGAACUUUUUUUUGCAAAACAUAAAUUUUUUUGUAACAUAAAUGAGAUGUAAAUUGUUCAAACUUAAUGUGACACAAAACAUUCUUGGAUCAAACUAUUUAUUAAUGAUCAAUAUCCAUUUUCACCAAAGAACUUACAGCUAGCUUAAAAAGCUGAAAGUCAUUGGGUUUCCUUCCUUAAGGUACGGUAUUGGCGUUUUUAAACUUUGUGUAACAAUGCAAUUGUUACAUAAAAGAAAACAAUCCACAUGAAAUUGUUAUAUUUGAAAAUAUGCCAGGGCCAAGGUACUGCUAGGUACACUAGUAGCAACCUCUGGCAAUAAUGAUAUACAUGUAAAUAUAUUUCAAGUUACGGCUUAUUAUUCUACACAUGUUCACAUGUUUUCACUGAAGUCCCAAUGUUAUUUAUGUUUAAUAUAAAUACAUGACAGUUGUAGAGUUCUGUGUACUUUUUUUUGUUGAAUAUUUAUUUACUGGGUGAAAUAUGUAUUUAUCAUAAGAUGGCGGUCUUGUUAUUCUUGCGUUUCUACAUACCACCUAAAUGUCUCAUUAAAUUGUCCUCCAACUUACAGUACUGUAUAAGAUCUCUUGAUAGAGAACAUAUUUUUUUUUUGUUGGAAAACCUUAGGCAGUCUUUGCUUACAGACAGUUGGCAAACUCAUUGAACUAAUCUCAGUUUCAUUAUAAUUGCAAGUCACAUGUUCUGUAUUAAAGUGUAAGUAGAAUGUACACACUAACUCGUUGUUUUGGAAUGAUAAUUUUCAUUGCAUAACCUUUCAUCUAUGAAAUUGCAAUAUUGUGAAACAGGUAUUCUUUACAAUGCAACCAGAAUAUUUAGUAUAAACACUGCCAGGAUAGUGAAGAUUUAUGGAAUGUCUUACAUUAUUAAUGAUGCAAAUGUUUUUUAUGUACCGGCUAUAAAUUUUGGCUCGUAUAAAUAAUAUUUUUAUUAUUUAAUUGCUUGCCCGCUUGUGACCUUAUCCACUGAAUGUCAGAUGAACAAGAAAUUAUAUUGGUGUGGCCUAAAACAAAUUGAUUUUUAAUCGAGAAGAAAAUCAGAAGUUGUCUCUCUUGCUCUUAUAAUGCCUAGAGAGUAUAACUCAUAUGAAUCUGAUUGUCUUAGAUUUUAAAGUAUUAUUUAAGUUAGUACACUAUUAUGGAUAAAGCAGCUAGUGUCAAUUUAAAUUUCUAUGAUUGAGUUUUUCUGAAGUUUCUGGAGGUAAAAAAAAAACUAAUGAAAAAGUGAAUUAAAAUACAUACAUGUAGUUUGUGAUGUUUUAAAUUAGCAUUCAUGUAAUUGGUGUACAGGGACAUCUUAUCCUCUCUGAUCUCUAUUAUGACAUAUACAUACAUUGUAAAUAUUAUAUGUAUGUCAUAGAGAGCAGAGUGGACAAGAAUGUCCCUUUGAUUGGUGUUUCCUUUAUCUGAAUGUGGAAAAAAGCAAAAUAGAACAGGGUAUGAAUUUUUUUCAUGAAAUCAUGAAAAGUUUCAUGAGCAGUACUGUAAACAUGUGAGACAUUACCGUUAUGCAUUUUUAUUUCUGAUCACUUUUAUUAUGUCUAAAAUCAUUCAUUUGAAUGUUCAGUCUUCAGUUACUAGUAAUAUCCACAUCCAUAAAAUGUAGGCUUAAGGUACUUCACUACACCGAGACUUGUACUUUCUUUCUAUCAUAAUCAAGUAACUUUCUGAUGAUUUGAGAAACUAUUUCAAGGUGUAGUGAGGUACCUUAAGGAGGCUGGAUGGUCAACAAAUUACCAACUGUGGAAUCCUCACUGUGGGUGGGGGAGCAAUGUUUCUGACUUGCGUGGGAAACCCUUGCCCACAAAUUUACAUCCCCAUAAAUUUGUAUACAAUCAUUUAUUUCAUAUAUAUUAAAAUUAUCCCAAUUACACUUCCAACGAAAUUAUGUACCCCCGAACCAUGAAAAUUUUGGCAAAUCUACCUUUAAAUAUAAAUAGAAUAUUUUUUCGUCCUAAAUUAUCAUUUAAAGAGAAGGAAAAAUCAAAAUAUUUGGGCCCUAAAAUUUGAUCUUUUCCCUAUAUAUUUAAUUUUAUACAGAAUAUUUCAUCUUUUAAAAGGAGAUUAAUACAGUCAAUCUAAAAGUGGCCACGACCAUCCAGCUCUCUUAAAAAAAAUAUAUAGAGGCCAAAAGUUGUGUCUAUUUUGUAAAACAUCAAUGAUGAUUGUGUAUUCUAUGUUAUCUUUUGCUGAAAUGAUACAACUAUUCUUCAAAUGUAUUCAUUUAUUUAUUGGAAAUGUUUUUAAAGUGAUACUGAGGACAAAAAGUUACAUGAUAUUUGACCAAUUAGGUCCUAAUUGUACAUUGACAAAACUUUCAGUUGUGCAUUUGAUUCAAUAAUUAACGUGUUUCUUUUGUUUUAUACAAUUUUCUGAUCUUGAAUAUCCUAUAUUUCUAUUUUAUUUCACAAAUGAAAUAUUUACACUACAAUUGUUUUUCAUAAGGUAAACAAGAAUUUUUACAUGUAUCCGUAAAGUGCUUUGUUUUUCUCGUUCUCAAGUUCCUCUUGAAUUUUUAAUGUACAAAUAUUGUAUACAAAGGAAUAUUUCCUUUUAGGACAAAUUGUGUUGGUAACAGCAUGAAAAACAUUGGUAAUUGCUUGUUAUUUAUUAAAAAUAUUUUUUGAAGUAAAA